UUAUCUUAUGCCGUGUAAUUCGCGGCAACACAACUGCGCAUGUGCAGGUUUUUAUUGAUGAAAAAAGGUCACGAACUCUGACCCUCCCACCAACUGUUAAAUUAUUAUUAGAUUUUAGGACAUAUAUUGUCUGGUGUUGCAGCUUUUAUACAGGUAAGUAGCUUUACUGGUGCGGAUGCAUGAGAGCAUCGUGAAAGAAGUGCGAUUGUCCAGAAACACAGGAAGGGAGGGAGUGUUCAGUCGCUCUACAGGAGGGAAGCUGCCAUUAGCUAAGCUACCACCUAGCAAACAGCUAGCAUAGCCCGUUAGCAUUGUCGCCCGGAGCCCAGUGCAUGAAGAUUGACGCCAAAUUUAACAGGUGUAGACGCCUGAUGGUGAUGGGGCUGAUGUGAAGAGCUACGGAAAAAGGUUUGUAUAGUAAACACAAUGGAUGGACAGACUCAAAGGAUUCAGCUUGUGCCAGCAGACAACAACAUGGCUUUAGGACACAGAAUCCAGAUUGUAACUGAUCAGCAGACUGGCCAGAAAAUCCAGAUAGUCACAGCACUUGAGCCCUCAUCACCUGGAAAGCAGCAGCAGUUUAUUCUAGCAAAUGCUGACUAUUCCCCUGGUGGGAAGGUGAUCCUGACCAAGCAGGAAGGCUCGCCCAACAAGGUCAUCCUCACUUCUCCAGAUGGCUCUGGGGUUAACCAGCUGUUGUUUGCCUCUCCUGAUCUGGCUGGGCAGCAGAUUCAGUUUGUGACUGAAGGCUCAGACCAGUCUAUUGUGAAGCCGGUUGUGGAAUACUGUGUGGUCUGUGGGGAUAAGGCUUCAGGUCGUCAUUAUGGAGCUGUCAGCUGUGAGGGCUGUAAGGGCUUCUUCAAACGCAGCAUUAGGAAGAACCUAGUGUACACAUGCAGGGGCUCUGGAGAAUGUGCCAUCAAUAAGCUUCACCGAAACCGCUGCCAGUAUUGUCGACUCCAGCGCUGCAUAGCACUGGGCAUGAAACAGGAUUCUGUCCAGUGUGAGAGGAAGCCUGUUGAAGUUACCACCAGAGAGAAGUCUGUUAACUGUGCAGCCUCAACUGAGAAAAUAUACAUUCGAAAGAACCUGUGUAGCCCCCUGGCUGCCACGCCUACUUUUGUUUCUGACAAGGAAACUGCCAGGUCUACAAGUUUGCUUGAGUCAAGCAUGCUGCUCAACAUCCAGCAACCCUUCUCUAAGCUGGAAAAUACCAUCUUGAUCCCUGCAUCCCCUGACAAGGAUGACCAGUCUCAAGGUGACCUUAGUACUCUGGCAAAUGUAGUGACGUCCCUUGCCCAUCUUAACAAAACCAGGGAAGCGAGCGACAGUGGCAAUGAUCUGAUGGGAGCUGAAACACUUAGCAACGGAGACAGCUCCAUGACAGACAUCCAGGGAGAAGAGCAGAGUGACAUUACCCGAGCUUUUGACACCCUGGCCAAAGUCCUGCAUCCUGGUGAUGGUUCUGCAGGGGACUCCUUGGAGGCCACAAUGCAGCUGAUGUCUGGGGACCAGUCAGGUCCUGUAGUGGAGUUGGAUGGACCUCUACUCUCUGACAGUCAUAUCCCUUUCAAGCUUAUGAUGCCAUUGCCUGUGCCAGAGUACCUUAAUGUCAACUACAUCUGUGAGUCAGCUUCCCGCCUACUUUUUCUCUCUAUGCACUGGGCACGUUCCAUACCUGCCUUUCAAACCCUUGGCGGCCAAGAAAAUGAUAUUAACCUGAUGAAAGCCUGCUGGAAUGAACUGUUUGCCCUUGGUCUGGCACAGUGUUCCAACGUUAUGAAUGUUGGUACCAUAUUAAGUGCCAUUAUCAACCAUCUGCAGACCAGCUUACAGGAAGAGAAGCUGUCACCCGAGCGAGUAAAACUAGUAAUGGAGCACAUCUGGAGGAUGCAAGAGUUCUGUAACAGCAUGGCUAAGCUUUCCCCAGACUCUUAUGAAUAUGCCUACCUCAAAGCCAUCAUUCUCUUUAGUCCUGAUCACCCAGGCAUAGACAAUACCCCACAGAUUGAGAGGUUCCAGGAAAAAGCCUACAUGGAGCUACAGGACUAUGUGACCAGGACCUACCCAGAAGAUUCCUAUCGGUUAUCCAAGCUGUUGCUCCGUCUUCCUGCCCUUAGGCUUAUAAGUGCAACUGUCACAGAGGAGCUCUUCUUCGCUGGACUCAUUGGAAACGUACAGAUUGACAGCAUCAUCCCUUACAUCCUCAAAAUGGAGUCCACUGACUAUAAUAGCCAGGCGAUCUCUGGAGUCUGAUACACUGUGCCAUCUGUAACCGCUACAUUGGACUGUGGUCGGUCACCAGCCAACUGGUCUGGGGGCUCUGCCGGUUGUGGAUUGGUUGGAGUGUAUUUAUGAUGUCCUAUGUGAAUUUGUUUUUGCUCCUUUCUUGCUAUUACGCCUGGCUCAGCGGAGCAGAGCUCACAAUGAGGACAAAUGCCAUUAACUCCAGUGAUAAGCAAGCAUGCUAAUAUGUGCCCAUUCAAGAGUGAACCUUUAAAACCUGCGUAGUAGAUUGUCAUUUAUAUUGUACAUAGUCUUUUAUGCUUCGUUGUGUCCAAACUGUUCCUUUUCUGCAGAUCCAGCUUGGACUCUGAACUGUGGAUAGGUUGUUUUCACUGCUUUCAUAUCGUGUUAUGCUUUUUUUAUUUUCUGAUAAUUAUGAGGAAGCAGCUUGUCAUAAUGUGAACUGAUUCCUGAAAUGUUUUGGUAAAGGUUAAAACCUUUUUUUUUUUAUUUGUUUGCCAAUCCAAAGGAUCGGGGCAGCAUCACUUGUCAAUUAUUUGACACCACAUGAAUUUGAAGUAUUUGUGUAUAAAUAAACUUGUAUAUAGAAUGCACCAAGAAGGCUAUAAUAGACAUCACUUGGUAAUGGCAAAGUCAUUUAAAAACUAACGACGUCCUCUGUUUGCAAAAUUAAGCUGAUGAUGAUUAACAAAAUGAUUGAGUAAAAAAGCUGAUUCCAAAUAUUUAAUUGUCAGGAUAAUUUAAUUUAACAAGCAUCUGCAUGAGUCAAGUUAGACUUUUGUGUAUACUGUGGUUUUGUUUUGCUCUAGUAUUUUGGACAGCAGCUGUGAGCCUAAAAUAUGAUGUGUUGGACCCAUGUUAAUGGAACAGGCUGCUGUAGAUGAACAGAUGUAUUUUCUGUAAUGGCCUGAAUUGGUACAAAUUAUGUAUUGCAUUGCUGCAAAAAUGACAAAACAACCCACGUAACUUCAGUUAUGCAAAACUCAUAAAUCAUCAUAAAGCAAAAAAACAAACAAACCAGAUCUUGAUUUUGUGCAGUGUUGAAUAGGUUUAGGUGCCUGAAUCCUCUAAAGAAAAUGUAAAGGAAGUUAUGAGUACUGCUUUGCAGAUUAAAAAAUCCACAACAGUUAUUGUGACGAGUCGCUGUAUAGAGCCACAGUGAGAAGUAUCACGAAACUGGCCCUCUUUUUAUAAACAGCAGAUUGUUUACUUGACCCCCUCAAAAUAAAUAAUGCAAAUCUG